AAUAUGAAUUUAUUUAUUUAUUCUCUCUUAAUAUCAUCCACAAAAAAUAUUACAUUAAAAAUAUAGUCAAAUAUAUAUAUAUAGUAGUUGUUGGACUCAUCAAAAAACUAAACUCAUUUCUUCAACACAACCAGUCCCAAUUUUCUCUCUCUAGAAACUCCCUAUUUUCCCUCUCUCUCUCUUUCUAAAACCCUACUCAUAUAAAUAUCUUCAAAUUCUAUUGGAUCCCUUUCUCAUCACAACCACAUAAUCCAUUAAUGGCUUUCCUUUGAGCUCUCUCUUUCUCUCUCUCUCUUUACAAAAAUCAGUUUUCGAAGAAAAAGAAGAAGUAGAAGAAAUCGCCAUGAAACCUAACAAGCUUUGCUGUCUUUGCGAUCAAGAAGCUUUUCUCUACUGCGCAGCCGAUCGAGCUUUUCUUUGCCGGAAUUGCGACGCAGACGUUCACACUGCUAAUUUUCUCGUCGCUCGUCAUAUUCGACAACCUUUGUGCUCCGUUUGUGAAGAGUUUGCUGGAAAUUUAGUAUCCGGUGACGAUCUACGUCAUCUCUGUUCUCAAUAUUGUCGGAGUUGUUCUCCGCGAAAUAUCUCCUCCGUUGACGAUGACGACGACGAUGAUGAUUCAUCUGUUUUGUCUUCGGUUUCGUCUGUUUGUGUUUCUAGUAGUGAAUCGAAGCUUAGAUUUGAAGAUCGGCCUAAGACGAUUGAGAAGAUCUCUUCUUCGAGCUCCGUUACGGAUCUCUCCGGUUCCGUCGCCGAAGUCAAGAAGGAAUCGAUUAUACGGCGACGUAAGGGUUUGAUUAGUGUGGAUACGAAGACGGAGGGCAUUUUCGAGAAAUGGUGCAGAGAGAUUGGACUAAACGGUGAUUUAGCCGUGGUGGUAAGGUUAGCAUCGGAAGCGCUAGGGUUUUGUGUAGCGAGGUCGCGACUUUUACCGUUCAGAGUAUCUUUAGCGGCGUCGUUUUGGUACGGAUUGAGAUCUAUCGAUAAGUCAUCGUCUGCAGAGGCGGCGCGUACGUUACACCGCCUCAGACGGUUACAGCAGUUAUCAGGCGUUCCAAUCAAAUUGAUCGUGGCCGUUGAAUUGCAGCUUGAUCGCGAAUUAAAAGCUCAGAAGAAUCGCCGCCGUGAUGAUCUGAAGGAAGGUUGGGCCGAGUGCUCCGGCUAAACGUACGAUCUCCGGUCUGUCCAAAAUCUAUACACUUCUUCUGUUUAUAUAUAUAUAAUAUUAUUAUAUAAUCCAUGGAGUUUAGAAUUAGAUUAGGGUUUAACCGGAAUUAGGUUAUAUUAAUUAGUGUAAUCUCAAUUAUAUAUUAUUAUUAAUUAUUAAUUUUAAUUUUAAUUUUUUUGUUUA